GAGAGAGAAGAGAGAGAGUGGAGGCACACACAGGGCUCAGAGCAUGUCGCCUCCUGUUGCUGCAGCUCACUGUGGGAUCUGCAGUCGACCUUUCAGGCUGUGCACAUGAACGGAGAGGACUUGAGUUACGCGACCCGGAGCCUUGUCGGAGUGAAGCAGCACAGAGUCUGUUCUGAGUCUGGAGGGGGAAACCGGGCUGGUCUUUGCGGGGAUUUUUUUUGACACAACUUGGCAGAGAAGUCGCUUGUUGCUGCUGCUGCUGCUGCUGGAGAUUGUGUGGUUGGUCUGCUCGGAGCCGCUUGCAGAGAGAGAAAGUGUGAAACAAGUGUCAGGAAGAGAGCAACAGAUGUUUUUGGUGGAUAUGCGGCCGGCUGAGGAAUGAGAGCAGCGGCGAGGCACCGGCGGCCCUUCCAGCGGUUCUGCUGCUGUGGAGUCGGGCUGCUCGCUGUCAUUUGGCUCUCCCAGGUCAUCCAGGCACCAGAGGCAGAGUCUUCUGGAUUUCAGCCAGGUGUGAAUGAUGAGACGCUGCGAUGGCAUCGCCGGCUGAUGCAGGAGAAGUCUGACAAUGAGAGUCUGGAUCAGCCUCGGGCAGCCAUCCACGAGUUUCCAGAGGACAUCUUCACCAAGGAGCAGAGGAAGAAGGGGGCUGUGUUACUGCAUGUACUCUGUGCCAUCUACAUGUUCUACGCUCUGGCUAUCGUUUGUGACGACUACUUUGUCCCCUCUCUUGAGAAAAUAUCUGAGAACCUGCAGCUCAGUGAAGAUGUGGCCGGGGCGACGUUUAUGGCUGCAGGAAGCUCUGCUCCGGAGCUAUUCACCUCUCUCAUUGGUGUCUUCAUCACUAAAGGAGAUGUUGGUGUUGGUACCAUCGUGGGCUCUGCUGUCUUUAACAUCCUGGUCAUCAUCGGAUUGAGUGGGAUCUUUUCCGGACAGACAAUAAUUCUGACCUGGUGGUCCCUUUUCAGAGAUUCCUCCUACUACAUCCUCUCUGUGCUGGCGCUCAUCAUGGUUAUCUAUGAUGCAAGAGUAGUCUGGUGGGAGUCCUUGCUUCUAAUGACCAUGUAUGUAAUCUACAUUAUUAUUAUGAAGUUCAACUCCCAGCUUAUGGUAUUUGUGACGCAUAAGCUGAGGAGCGCCAGGCCGUGCUGCCAUGUUUCAGAGGGCCACAGAGACAUCAAGAUGGGAGAGGAUGCCUCUGCCUGCAACACCUCCAUGGUGCUUAUUAACAAAGGCCAAGCCAAUAGCCAGGAGCCUCCUCCGGUCGUCAUGGUGGAUGAGCUUCUUAUCCUUAACCCCCACAAACUGUCCUUCUCUGAGGCCGGCCUGCGCAUCAUGAUCACACCCCACUUCUCUCCUCGAACCAGACUCUCCAUGGCAGGACGGAUGCUCAUCAGUGAGAGACAGAGGCUGAUUCAGAGCUCCGGGAAUCAGCAGGACGGCGAGGCCAGCGCCGGGUCACGAUGCGGGUCGACCAGCAAUAGUCUGAAAAGGACAGGCUCUUGUAGUCUGGAGAAUGGGGGUAGGGGACAUGGCAUAGUAGAUACAGAGUCAGGAGACAAGCCUGGUGCAGAGGCAUGCCAGGCGGAGGAAGAGGAGGAUGAUGAAGAUGGGAUUUUCAGUCCUGUUCGCAUACCAGGUAGCUGCCGUGCGCGGGUGAAAUGGGUGAUCACAUGGCCUCUGGGCCUCCUUCUCUACUGUACUGUGCCUAACUGUAUCUUGCCUCGCUGGCACCGCUGGUUCAUGGUCACAUUUGUGGCGUCCACUUUGUGGAUUGCCAUCUUCUCCUACCUCAUGGUUUGGAUGGUCACCAUCAUCAGUUUUACAUUAGACAUCCCAGACUACAUCAUGGGUAUAACCUUCCUGGCGGCAGGGACCAGCGUACCAGACUGCAUGGCAAGUCUGAUUGUAGCUCGGCAAGGCAUGGGGGACAUGGCAGUAUCUAACUCCAUAGGCAGCAACAUCUUUGACAUCCUGCUGGGUUUGGGUUUCCCCUGGGCUUUGCGAACCCUUGUGGUGGAACACGGAUCUUCAGUCUCAAUAAAUAACAAAGGUCUGGUGUAUUCUGUUGUGCUUCUGCUGGCUUCUGUGUUUCUGACGGUGAUGAGUGUCCAUCUAAACCACUGGAGGCUGGAUCGCCGUCUGGGUUUCGGUCUGAUGUUUCUCUAUGCCAUCUUCCUGCUCUGCUCAAUCCUCUUUGGGCAUAUGUGAAGUCUUAAAGGUCAAAGUACAACACCUGUCACACAACCUGCUGAAGACCCACCUUUCUUCCAACAAGUCCUCACUCAUGAAACCAAAAAAGAAAAGUGUGGCAACGUUGUGGAGCUCCUCCUUGGAAUUUAUUUGCUCCUGUGUUGGAUUCACUGAGCUGUGGCUGUCUACAUGCAACAACACAAACACACACUGAAGUCUUUUAUCAAUGGCACUGUUUGUUUGCCCUCAUGCAGAGUGGUGUUAAAAGCAGUUAGUCAUUUAAGUAUUAAAUUAGAUGACUCAACUUAAACUUUAAGGACACAGCAGAUGGGAGUCCCAUGAAGUGACAUUAACAAAAAAAUCAGACUUCUAUAAACAAAUAGCUGUGGUCCUUGUUAGCUGGAUUACAGCUAAGUGUUGUGGCUCUGUUUUAGGUCGCUAAUGUUGGUAGUAAUUAUACAAUGUUAAAUUCCAAAUAGUGAAAACUUCAAUGGGUAGAUAUUUUGUUCUUGUUAAGUAUGUAAAAAUCUCAACCUGGCCUCUUCUAUAAACGUUCUUUAGUAAAAGCUGUCUUAUUUGGAGAGGUCGCAGUUCAAGCACAGUACAAAUCUGAACCACUAGUGCUUCAUAAUACAUUUUUAGUAAAUACUCGUUACUGUUUCUUUCCAGCAAUAAACCGUCAGAUUUUUUAAAGUAACAUUAAUGUGGUUUAACUUGUUGAAAGCAGAGACACUGCCUUUCAAUCAAUCAGAAGAUGAGACAUGAAAACAGCUGCAGAGGCAGGAAGAAGCUGGAAGAUUGGGGUGACUUUUUGAUUGAAUUAUUUCAGUUUUUAAUAUUUUGAAAGCAGUUGCAGGUGAGCAAAUUCAUUACAGGACCUAUAACUUGAUGAUUUUAUCAACAGCUCAGCCAACAACACUUAUUUAUUAUUGUUAAAGUUAUUUAACCUGCAUUUUGUAUCCCAAGCUUCAGUUUGUGAAGAGUGAUGAGCAGUGUUUGUGCCAAUACCAAAUAGCCCAAUAUUUGCAGGUUGCAAUAGUUGCAGGUAUUACUUUCAGUAGGAGAAAUAAGUGUCAAUGAGAUGAACAUCAUAUAGAAUCCAAGAGGGUAACUGCACAUAGGAAAUCAACUUUAGAAUCAGGUGAAGUCAGGGAUCAGAUACAAUACUUUGUUCAUGAGAUUUUAGCAAAUAAAUGAGUUUCUAGAUUUUGUAAAUAUUUGUAUAUUUUUUACAUGGUACCCUGGUGUUAGUGAACAUUUCAAAACUACAAACGUACACAAUUUAAAAGGUUAGAACAUCUUUUUUUAAGGUUUCACAUAUUUACUCUGAGGUGUCAUGGUUUGGCCUAAAUGUUCAAAAUAAACCACUGUCUGAUGGCCUUACAUGUUUCUGAAUGUACCACUUUAGCUGACUUUAACAUUAAUGUGGAGAUAUUUACAUGCAUUCAAAUGUAGUAGUCAGCACUGAAUUACAGCAAUGAACCUCUGAGCAGAGGCAGAGAUGGUUUAGUAUACUGUGUGUGAGUGUGUGUUUGUGUGUGUGUUUGUGUGUGUGUCAGAAGACUUUUAGAAUUGAAACACUGAUAUAAAAAUGCACAUUGUUGUGAUUAUUUUGACGAUUUUGCCUCACUGCUUAUAAGCAAGUAUUGGUACAGCUCAAUGUACGUAAAGAGAUUAAUAUAGUGUUACAGUAUUUUUAAAGAUCUUAUUAUAUGAAAUCUAAUAUAUAAUGUAGUACUUUGAUGAAUUUGAGUGCAGGUUAGUAGUAAUUAUUCUCUUUAGGUACGACGAUGGAUGUUUAGUUUCUCGUAUGGGAUUAUUUCUCUAUGGUGGAACAUUUUUAAGCUCACAGAUCAGCAGAAACAAGCACAUCAUGAUCUCACGUUGCAUUUUGGCAAUAUGAUGAAGGAUGACUGAAUGUUCCACUAAAGGGAUGAGCAAUCUAUUUCUUACUUUAUUAUCAAAUGGCUGUAUAAUUAUAGUCUUUGUCUACUUAGCAAAACUUUUCACUGUUUGUAAAUGUUCAAUUUACAUAGUUUUACAAAAUGAAUGUGUGACAGAAACUAGAUUUGUGCUGUUUUUGAUACUCUGAAGAGAUACUUAAUGUAAGGCUUCAAGUGAUAAUUGUAGCAGAAUGAAUGAAUCGUUUCUUCUGAUUGUUCAGUGAAAUAUGAAAUCUGUAAUAUGAGCGCUUCAUUAGUUAUAAAUUUGAUGGUAUGUGUCUUACAAUCCUUAUGACUCGUAGAUCUUCUAUUUAACUAUUGCUUCAUCGACAAACUCUUACCUUCCUUUAUGGAAGAGAUCGCAAGGAAGUGAAGCUUACGUUUACAGUUUUAAAAAAAACAGUAAUUUGAACACGUUUUUUUGAAGAAUUGCUAGAAUAUUUAAAUGUUGUGUGUUCGUAGUGUAAAUUUGUUUUCACAUCAAACAAGCAAAGUUCUUGUUCUGCAUUUCUUUUGUACAGUAAGUUAAUGUGCAUUACAGGCAGUGCUGUUUCUAAUCCAACUGAUUAUUUCAAACAAGUACUAUUCUGGGUGAAAAACAUUGUUUCAUCUAAACUUUAUACAACUUUGUCACAUGCCGUAUCAAAAGUUUGGGGGAUUUUAAAAUAUCAGAAAAGAAAGUAGAAUAAUGACACACAUCCUGUCUAAAUUUAUGGAAACAUGAGCUAACUUGUAAAGCUGAAAUUAGUGAACAGCUUUUCUUAUUAUCAACUUUUUUUUAAGUCUUUGUUGAAAUACAAAUCAUUCAUUUGUUACAGCUUUUUCAAUGUGAGUGAGUCAUAAAUCUAAAAAAGUAAUCAAAGAUUAAAAAAGUCUUUCCCUCAUUUCGUUUAACAGUUUCUGCUUUUAGUUUUGUCAUCAUCUAAGGUAAAAGGUGCAUAUUCUCUCUAUAGUCAACCAGUUAAACAAAACAAAACCAGCCUUCCUUUACUUUUAGAUUUUUUUUUUAUGCUAACAUGUCCUUUCACUUGGCUGUUUCGAGUCUCUGCUUUAAGCUUCUGUAUUCAGACCUUGUAGUAAUCUUAGUACACUUGUUGUCGCUCUACAGAGACACAGCACCACCAAACCAAACAGCUGAUCUGCAGUACUCAUGGUUUCACAGCACUCAAUGAAUGUUCUGUUUUCUUUGCUGUGACGUUGGAGGUAGAAGAAUAUUUUUAAAAGUUUUGAAAUGUAUUGCGUAGCGCUCUUACGAGAUCAUAGAGGACUGUUGUAUCUUGAGUCAAAUAAAAAAAAACUGUGCAAUAACAACUCA